AUGGCGACAGCGAGUACCGGUCCGGGCGUUUUAUACCAAACGCUAAGGACAUUCAACAGUCUGGGGUGCGACGAUGAGGCGCUUUGUUACGCCGCCUACCGGGUUUACAUCCAUCUAAAAGAUGAGAAAAAACUGAAUGAUGUACAGUAUCAUUACGCACCCAGCUUGCGGCUAAUAUACCUGACGGCCAGGCGGGCUGCGAGUGCUCCGGCUGAGCUGUACAUUCCCACACUAGCAACGGAGGAGCUCGCCCUGGAACUCCUCGACCAUUAUCGCUCCCUGGGAGAGUUCGACGGGCUCAUUUUGGCGAUUUGUGACCCAAGUUCCACCGUGCUGCUGUACCGGGCGACUGCUGGCCUGAAGGACAUUAGCGGGAAGCUGCCGUCGAGGGGACAAUUAUUACGGCAAAAGCAACAGCAGCAGCAGACUGAGGUGAAGCCACAGCGGUGAAACAGGCCAGAGCCCUAAACAAGAGAAGUGGUCAUCGGUUCUUUCAUUUUUCAUCCAACUCAUAUUAUAAACAAUUUAAAUAACCAAAUGUACAUGUAUUGUGUGUGAUAACGGAUCGCACAUUUUCUUCCCUUCCGAAUCGAAAUGCAUACAAAAAUGUAGUGUGUCUCUUGUCGUCGAUUUCUUUUCCGUUUACUACUCUGCCGUUAACGCUUUUACCAUCGUUUUGCCUACAGUUGUUAAGCGAACCGAUUUACACUAAGGUAUAACCAUUCUUUUGUAUAUACAAUUUAUAUUGAUCUCAUCAUUAUAUUGAUGGUUUAUUAUUCAA